UCGGAGCUUCCGAAGAAGAAGUCAAAAGCAACAAGGAACUACGAAUGCAAACGGAGCGGCGAUGCCCCGGAAUGUAGCAGCAAAAUCCACUUGCUGUGUUAUUAUUUAGUUACCGUAAGGCGCGUUAUUAUUACUUCAUCAAAGUCCUCCUGUCCGUUUUUUAGCUUUUGCGCAUAAGAAUUUUUGGUUCUUUUGGGGAGACCCUGUUUGGUCACAAAUAAAAUUCGACAAUGUUGGAUUCUACCGCAAUUGGCCGAAAUAUUAAUGUUAUUAAUGUUUUGAAAUAGAGUAUUUUUGUAGAAGUUUACAAUUUAGGCUUUUUAAAAGACGGGUAGCAAUAACAAUUUGCAAGGGUUAAGGUACGAAAAAACGGGCAACAAAAAACGUGCCUAUCUUUCAAGUUGCCGAAGGGUACUUCACUCGGCAUGUGAUAACUGUUUAUCGUUGUACUGCACGAGACAUCUCUAUCACGCCUGAAUCGCCCCCAGUCGUCUCUCAUUAUUAGUAUUUGGCAAUUAAUGAGUAGAGACAACUUGGAGACGCACUGGGGACGAGUCAGUUAUAACACUGAAAUAAAUGACUGAAUAUCAAAUAAUUGUGAAAUAUUCAUAUUAUAAACUCAUGAGCAAUAUUUUCCUGAUGGCCGUUGGUUGUCUUACUGUAUCCAGAGAAUUUAAUUUGCUCUGUUUUAAUUUAUUCUUAAAACUUAUUUUAUGAUUCGAGGCUCCAAAAAGUGCUACCAGAAACUUUUAAACUUUAUAACUGAGGUGUACAUCCUGAAAACCGACACCUUUUUCACCUCGUGUCCCAAGCGUUCAAAUCGUGGCGAGCGGAGAGAAAUGGAGAACGGAAAGGGGAAAACGUACCUAUAAAAAAAGUGCUUUAUUCGCUAAGAGAACUUUCUAUUUGGUUUAGACGAUUUGUUAGUCACUACAAACUUGACAACGGCGCACUAAAACACAAAUAAAUAAUAAUAACGAUAAUAAUAAUAAUAAUAAUAAUAAUAAUAAUAAAAUUUUACCUUGACUUUUGGUGUACUUCGAUAGAUCAGAUGCAACUACCAAUUACAGCACACGUAGGAAUCAAUGCAUUCAGCGUAAAAGAAAGUAGGUCAUGAAGUGAUCCAGUCAAAAAUAGAUUGAACCUAUCUAUGGCAAAAACGUUGCUAUUGAUAUUGCUCUUUUGAACCCGAAAUGCGCGCAUUAUUACAGUCGACUCACUCUUCUUCGAAGUACUAGUAGUAAGUGUACUCCAAUGCUGUUGAGUUACUCUGAUUUUAAAGAAAAUCCUUAAAUAACAAUGACCGAGACCAGGUUUUAUGAGCCCGCGAAACUGCCCUAACCAAACCCUUGUUUUCACUAAAACCGCUGGACGCCAACCAGGUUGAGGUCAUUGUUAUCUAAGGUUUUCCUGUUUUUAAACCUACGUAAGCAAGAAAUAAGUAAAAGAUUUAAAAGACCAGCCACCGUAAUGAUACAAAAGCUUCCAGGAAAUGAAAAAAUAUAUUUUCCCAGAUUCCUGCAAAAAAAAAAAUGGCAGGGGACUCGCCCAUCACAGAAAACUUUUUGCAAUUCACAAUCUGUAAAGUAAAGUCGGUUUGGGAAAAAAUACCAAAACUGGCAACCCAAAUCAAUCUUAGGACAAGAAUUUCACAUAAUUUCCCUUCAUAAAGGGUUUUCCAUGCCCCCAAAAUUUCCCUUCAGUGGGAUUUGUAUGUCCCAAUAAUAACCCUUUGAUGGAUUUUUCUUGUCUCAAUAACUCCCCUAUAUUGGGAUUUGCACGUCCCAAUAAUUUCCCUAUAUUGGGAUUUACACGUCCCAAUAAUUCCCCUAUAUUGGGAUUCACAUGUCCCAAUAAUUCCCCUAUAUAGGGAAUAACUUGGGAAAUGUUCCCGUAUUGUUCCCAACUUUGGGAAUAACUUGGGGAAAAAUUCACAGCCUAUUCCCAAAAUUGGGAUGUAAAAGAAAAGUAGACAUUUUUCCCUAAUAAAACCCCACAAUCUCCCCAAAAAGGGAAUAUCUUGUCCCAAAUAUUCUCCAUGAAUGGGAAAAAUUCAAUGGGUAUCUCGAAAAGUUGCCUGUGCAUUCCCGUCCCCAGAGCCACUCGACCACGUAACCAAAAAAGAAAACGACAGGUUCUGGGGACGAGAAUUGCCGAAGUUUGAAAUGAAUGUCACACGGGUUAGGGAGUUAGAGACGUAAAUUGCCGGCGCCAUAAAAAUAGUUCGUUCUCAGGCCUUUAUAAAACGUUAGUUAGUUUGCUUUUCCGUUUAUUUUUUCCUCUUGUUUUUAAAUGUUUCAUUCUUUUCCUUCUUUGUUUUACAUCUUUAGAACAGGACGUUACUAUCGGUCCCGCCCCCCCGGGCCUAAUCCCGGACUUCCCAUUCCGUGACACAUAGUUGCGUGACCUUUAAACUUAUCUGACUCGUGAUCACCAUGAUUUAAGCACGAUGGUCGAUAUUUCGCAAGUGAACAGUAUUACAGUACGUAUUGUAGGAAAACGUAUAGUUUCUUGUAUGUGACUGGGAGAUGGAGCUCAGAAGCAAGUACCCAGACUUCCAUAUUCCUGAUAAUGUAUCCUGGCCUCAAAUUGUCUAUCAGGAUUUUGAUAAAUAUGGCGAGAAGACCGCAAUUGUGAGUACAGUAGAAGCUUAAUCUCUUAGCUCUUAUAUUUGAUAUACAGUAUAUUGAUCAGACACGAUGGUAAGUUCUAGUCGAGAAAACAAAAACAAGUUUUACUACGACGAACUAUACUAGUUUGUUCUCACCCGUCCUUUGAAACUUGUGUCUCUUAAGUGCUCCAAUAAAAGUAUUACUCCCAAAAUUACUCCCCAGACCUUUGGAGAAGUUGCCCUCAGCAAUGUAAAAUAUAUCUGAUAUAUGUCCAGACAAGCGUUUUUUGAGUAUCCCUUUGAGGAUACUGAAAUUGUCGUAAUAUUAUGACAUUUAGUAAUGACACCAACUCUCUCCAAGCUUCAUUGUGAAACCUAAUAAUGUUGUUUACUUUUAAUAUCAGAAUUAAAAGGUAUAUUUCAGUCGAAAUUUCAAGUUUUAGCACUUGCUGCUUAGUCAUAGUCAUGCAGAGUCAAUGCAGAUGUGUCAGUCUCGCAAUACUAGCCCUCAUUCGAUAUACAGUUGAACCUCCAUUAAGCGGCCGGCCAUGCACCACCUAUUAUGUGGCCACUCUCUAUUAAACAGCCACAAAUCAAAGUCUCGAAAUAAUUAUAGGAAAGAAUUGGAAAUUAAAUCUUUAUUAAGGGGCCAUGGCUACCUAUUGGCCAUCCCAAAACAGUUCUACCAUUGUUGUAAUACCACCUCUAUUAAGCGGCCAUCAAGCCCUUGGUACACUUCGUUUGGCUUCAUUGUAAUAAUAUGAUGAAGGAAAAUACAGUUCAAGAUACAAGGUGAUGACUGAUUGUGAACCAGUAAUGAUCAGUAAUGCCUCUCCUGUUGCACAUUUGUUUCAAAAUCUAGUGAUGUUUCUGCUACAGACAAUGCAAAUGAUGAACGUCUAUUGAUCAGCCAACCGCCAUUAAACGGCCACUAUCGGGUACCCCGAGAGACGCCGCUUUAUAGAGGGUCAACUGUAUUAAAAUUCUAACAUGACUCCGAGUGCUGCUUUCUGGUCAUUUUCAUUAUUUGGUUUGGUUUUCUUUCUAGGAAUCAUGAGACAAAAGGGCCAUGAAAAAUGUGUAAUUUUGUCCCUAAAUCCUAGCAGUCAUGUUAGAAUUUCAAUAUAUCAAAUGUGGGCUGUUAACCCCCCACGUCAUCAAAUAUUGAGAAUUGAUAGGGGAGAGAUGAUAGAUGGCAUCAUAUUGCGUGACAAAAGACGUCAAUUGUGCCAAAAAUGCUCGCUGAUUCCGAUCGACGUAUAUAGCACAUAAACAGUUCAUAUUUAGCAUAUUAUCGCUUAAAUUACAGUGGCAUACCAGAAUUUAUGGGGAAAAUUUAUGGUCGGAAAGUCGAGUCUACAAGAAAUAGCAACUUUGGCAAUUAUCCGGGAGAUAUCAGACUCUAAUCUGGAGACGGGGAGAUACAGUCCAAAAUGUGGAGUCUCCCGGAUUAGCCGGGAGAGUUGACAGCACUGCUGUUGUGAUAAGACGUUAGGGCAAAUAUAUCCUUUUUUUCAAGAAAAGAAAUAUCAAUCGAACAUUUGUUUAAGUUUUUUUGGCCAGCAGGAGAUAGAUUAGCCUGUGAACCGCAGACGUAUUUCCGGUCACUGCUUCUCUGAGGGAGAGAAGCCAUGACUGGAAAUACGUCUGCGGUUCACAGGCUAGAGAUAGAUGAGUACAAUAAUAUCAUGGUGGAUCUUCCAGUUACUCACCCUUUAUAACUCCUUAUUGAAUUUUACACUAUGUAUGCAGUUAACAACAAUAUAUUACUUGUAAAUCAGUAAAACAAAGCUUAAUUUCUCCUACAUGUGUAGUAUUUAAGUUACCAAAGGAGAAGUAGUCUUUAAAAAACUGUUUGGCUGAGUCAUUCAUUUACUGUAUUCUGAGGGUUAGUGAGGGGAUACAAACAAAUUAUAAUGUUAUUGUUCUCUCCCAUUAACCAUUUUCUUCCCCCAGGAAACCUAAUUAAUUUUCAACAAAUUUAAAAACAAUGCACACUCAAAACCUGGAUGUAACUUUGGCUACAUUUACUCUAUUUUCAAAGUUCAUGUUUACUAGAGACUUAUGAACAUGACCAAGGAGUUGAACCUGAACAUACAUGUAUAGCUACCUAGAACAAAUCCAACCAGCUGUCGGAGUGGGACUGAAACUGGGAUCCUUCUCAUUACCUACAUCUAUCACAGUCAUCACUGGGUGUAGCUGCUUCCUAUGUGAAACCUGGAUAACAUCUUUUAUUGGAAAACGGAAGGUUUAUGAAAGUGAUCCCUUAUUUAAAAAAUAUAAUUAAAGGUAUAUAGAAAGGUAAUUGGAAGGAGGCUUGUGACAUAAAAAUGUGUUGAGGACCUCCCUGGCCACCAAGAAUUGGAAUCUAUUUAAAUUUGGCCCUUUCAAACCUUCAUUGGGAUUUACUCUAUUACUGUCUAUACUCUGUAAUCGUGUAUGUUUCACUUAGUUUAAUAUUCUAGUUCUAUGUGGCUGAAUUUGCCUAAACUUUGUCGACAAUAUUCCUUAUUUUGUAGUCCUUCAGUUGUAAGCUAUCUAACUUAUACAGUCAUGUUGAUAUGACUUUUAUCAGCAAGCAGUGUAGCAGAGCUUUUGCAACCCUGUGGGUUGCAAAAGUUAGUUUCAGCCCUCUCUCCUGGCUGGAUUGUUGUUGGUGGCCUCAAUCCAGAGACAUAUCCAGUAACGGGGGGAUGGGGUUGGGGUGACCAUGACUUACCCCUGCCCCCCUUCUAAAUUGUAAGAGGCAUUCCUUAACCUUUUUUCAGCAAAAACGCUAGCACAUUGAUAAACCAAAGUUUACACUUGGUCAUGCUUCUAAGUAGCCAAGUCGUUUACCGCCCGCCAGUUUGUAUUGUUACUUGUUAUCUUUAUAAGAAUUGUUUCUUUUUUAACCCUGAUUACCCAUAACUGUGUAACACCUACAAAGUCCAUGGAAAAAACGUCUUUUUUUUCAAUAUCCAGGUAGAGGCUAUUUCUGGUCGCUCCUAUAGUUACCACCAGCUUAAAAUUCUAACGCAGAGGUUUAGCUCCGCCCUGGUCAGACGAGGCUUCAAGAAAGGCGAUGUCUUGGCCAUGUACCUUCCAAACGUUUUAGAAUACCCUAUAAUAUUCUACGGUGUUGCCUUCAUUGGCGGCAUGGCCACCACGAUCAACCCAUUGUACACGUCUGAGGAACUCUCACACCAGCUGCGCAAGUCGGCGGCAAAAUACCUCGUUACCAUUCCCCCGCUCGUGGAAAACGCAAAAAAUGCAGCAGCAACCGAAGGAAUUCGCUCAGUGUUCGUACUAGGAGAGGCGCCGCCAGGCUGCGAGUCUCUGUCAGCUCUUUUCUCAGACGACGGAUCCGCCUUUCCUGAACAUGUGGACAUUAAUCCCGAGGAAGAUGUGGUAAAGUUACCUUAAUUAAUUAGUAGAGUAGAAAAUAAACAACAACAAAAAAAGUCAGGCUUGCAAGGGUUUCGAAGCCAUUUCGCUACUAUACCAGUUCAAUACUCUAACUUAAGUAACCAUCUCACAACUGCUUAAUUCAGUCGUCUAUGAAGCUGUAAGGAUCCGGCUUUUUUCUGUUGAAGUCUUAUUCUCACACCAUUCUUUCAUGCAGUAAACAAUCGUGUUAAUUCUUUUCAAGGUUGCGUUGCCUUUCUCAAGUGGAACUACCGGUGUGUCCAAAGGAGUCAUGCUUACACACUACAACCUCAUAUCCGCAUUGACUGUGGUUUUGAACGAUGACGUCUUUCCCGAUCGAGAAAAAACGAUUUUUUUAACCCUCAUGCCCUUCUACCACAUCUACGCACUGAUGGUCAUGUUGGGGGCGGCUCUGAGAAUUGGAAGCAAACAAGUGCUUCUCUCUCGUUUCGAACCGAACCCGUUCCUAAAAGCUAUACAGGAUUACAAGGUUUGAUUAUCGUUAUUGUGUCUGCAAUCGCUUUGGAUUUUCUUCGUCCAAAAUACUUUUAGUUAAUCAAUUACCAAGGUACGAUAACCUUGAGGCCCUUUAAUAACUUGCGCGAAUUGUAACUUUUGCGGUUUUAUCAACGAUCCAGUCUGCGAGCAAUUUUGCGCGCGAUCGCGAUCUUUGUGUUUAAAAACGAAAAGGAAGAUAGUGGAGGGUGAAAAGUGCGUUCAGGAGGGUGUGAAUAAGGCGAAAGUACUUCUCCACCUCUUUCCAUGUCAUAUAUCCUAAAAACUUCCAGUUGCUUCGUACCUAGUGUCAAGUUGAUUGUACGGUAGAACUCUGUUGGUGCCCCCCUAUAGUGGCUUAUAGGUGGAGGCCCCGCCCGAAAGGGUCAGCUUUUUCAGGCUUGAGGUAUAAACUAAUAAGUGUAGGGAUUUUAUCAAUAUUGAGGUAUAUGAAAGGGUCUGUUGAUUCUGAUGCUCAGCCUGCUUCUGUUACAGAUCACCGAUGUUCCUAUUGUACCACCUCUGGUAUUAUUCCUGGCCAAGCAUCCCCUUGUGGACAAGUUCGAUUUGUCGAGCAUGGUACGGGUAAGCUCGGGGGCUGCUCCACUUGGAAAGGAGCUGGAAAUUGCAAUGUUAAAACGCCUUCCAAAAGUGCAGAGAUUACAGCAAGGUACUUGACCCUCAAAAACGUUGUCGUGAUAUAGUAACGAUUAUUGUAUCAACAAUAAUCUUAUUGUAUUUGCGAUAAUCGAUUAUUGUAUUAACAAUAAACAAGGAUGGCUCAGUUGGGUAAUGCGCGGCCGAUGCGGUGGGCGAGAUCCCGAGUUCGAUCCCCGGUGACGUCACAUGACAUCACGGUAACGUCACAUAACAUCCUUGUUUCAAUUCAGCUCCUUUCUGUGAUGCUUUAACCUGCUUAAACUACCAUUAAAACGGAGUAUUGAUAGAGAUAGGGGGUUUGGGAAGAGGGGGCGGGCUUGAAAUUAGCGCACUUUCGACCUAGAAAGUUUAUCAGUUGAUUUACUGUCACAGUUAUCGAUUUAAAUUUUGGUUGCUUUGCCAUUUAACCAUUAUCACGGUACUCUUAACCAACACGACGUUACUCCCUGCAUUACGCUGUUCAUGGUCCCUGUUAUCUCUCUUAACCCACAUGUUUCAGUGAGUACCGGUGACAUGCUAUUGGGAGUACGCGUCAUGCUUAAAAACCGUGUUAGGGCUCCUUGUGAUUCAAGACAAUAGUCGAACCGGUCUGCUACAGCAGUUGGAAUGAGCUUUUGCACGCCCUAACUCGGUUAUGUUUAUGUUUGAACAUAAAAAGAACUGGUUAAAAUCACUUUUCUUUUUCCAUUCACACCAAAGCGGUCUUCUCCAUUCUAAGUCUGGCAAACAAUUCCUCUAUCCUUUUACGCUUUUCAACGGUAGGAGUAAAACGUAAGUCACAAAACAAAGAAAAGAGUGUGACUAAACCUGACAAUCAUACGGUCAAUCAUGAAAUCAUGAGUGAAACAUUGAUUUAAGGUAAUCGCCUUGUUUCGUAUUGCGCAUCACUAAGUGUAUAUAACAUGGUGACUUCAACGCACGGUGGCAGCGAUUUUCAAUGGUCGCCAAAAAAGAGGUAACUAAGGCCCCUAUUGUAGUCCCAAUGCUUUUAAUAGCGAUUUUGAUGACUAACCGGCUAAAGGGGUGUUUGUCUUGAAAAUCGCCCCUGUCCCCUCGUGCAAAUCUAUCAUUUGAAGCCAAAAUUGUCCCUUUGUUGUCGUUUUGCGAUGAAACGGGAACGGUGACCCCCCAUUUUAAUUUGUGGUUUUUACUCGUCAUAGCUACACAAAAAAUAUAUAUUAAGGAGAAAAAAUCUGGAUGGUAGAAGUUGUACUUUUUUAAAAUAUGAAUAACGUGAAAUUUCGCAUUUAGAGCCACAGCGAAUUGUGAGGUAACGUUAAAACUGCAUCUGUGGAUGAAAUCGUAUGGUGUUGCCAUUCAAUUGAAACCUCUUGAGCAGACAUUUUGCGUCAGUAGUAAUAUUUAUAUUUUAGGAUGAGGAAAGUAAAAUUUACUAUUGAAAAGUUAACUUUGGCCGGCGAGUGGCAGUGUGUCAAAAGCGAUUUCUGGUGCUUAGCAUCUCUAUCGUUCCACUUACAUCCUCCGCUUUUGACUUCAUAUAUUCAGGUUAUGGCAUGACGGAGAUUGCAGGCGCGUCUCAUGUCACGCCUUCCCCCAGUAAGGGAAAAACUAAAUUCGGAUCCGUUGGUCUGCUUUUGCCAAACAUGAGAUGCAAGGUAAGUCUUGUUCGGUUUUAUUAUUAUUAAUUUUUCUUUCGUCUCCUAUGGUACACAUGAUCACCUAUGGCAUUGCUGAUACAAAUUUUCAAAUUCAUGCGAUCUGUUUACUGCGUAGUAAGUCUAUCUUGUUACUCAUUUUCGUAAAUUAGGGGCAUCCAACGACGGUUUCCUCCUAAAGGCAUUGAAAACACUUUUUAGGCUAUCCAGAGUACUUUUAGAUCUCUAGAAAUGCAUUCUAAGCGGCGCUAUAAAUUUUGCACUUGUUCGGUCAUCCUAGGACAACUUGAGUCUUUUCGAAAUUACAAGGGCUUCAGUAUUAUUUCCCGAGAUUUUUAGAUGCAAUUCAACGUAUUACCAAAGUGAAAAUUUUUCUGAUUCCCGUCUCCACAACAUUUUUGAAUCCGAAAGUUUUAGGUAUCCUUUUUUGUACGAAAAAUAGCUUAACUUGGGCGGUGAAGUGUAAAAAAAAUUAAACUUCAGAAAAUCGUAGGGAAUUUAUUAAGCUUCGAAAAUUGUAUAUGAAUGGAGUAGUCAUUUAGAAACUGUUUAGAUGUCCUCAAGUUAUAGAAAAUUCUGCGCAAUAUUUGCUUCCCGAACAGAUAUGAGCAGACAUUUUGCGUCAGUAGUAAUAUUUAUAUUUUAGGAGGAGGAAAGUAAAUUUACUAUUGAAAAGUUAACUUUUACGGGCGAGUGGCAGUGUGUCAAAAGCUUCGAAAAUUGUAUAUGAAUGGAGUAGUCAUUUAGAAACUGUUUAGAUGUCCUCAAGUUAUAGAAAAUUCUGCGCUAUAUUUGCUUCCCCGAACAGAUAUGAGCAGACAUUUUGCGUCAGUAGUAAUAUUUAUAUUUUAGGAGGAGGAAAGUAAAUUUACUAUUGAAAAGUUAACUUUUACGGGCGAGUGGCAGUGUGUCAAAAGCUUCGAAAAUUGUAUAUGAAUGGAGUAGUCAUUUAGAAACUGUUUAGAUGUCCUCAAGUUAUAGAAAAUUCUGCGCUAUAUUUGCUUCCCCGAACAGAUAUGAGCAGACAUUUUGCGUCAGUAGUAAUAUUUAUAUUUUAGGAGGAGGAAAGUAAAUUUACUAUUGAAAAGUUAACUUUUACGGGCGAGUGGCAGUGUGUCAAAAGCUUCGAAAAUUGUAUAUGAAUGGAGUAGUCAUUUAGAAACUGUUUAGAUGUCCUCAAGUUAUAGAAAAUUCUGCGCAAUAUUUGCCUUCCCGAACAGAUAUGAGCAGACAUUUUGCGUCAGUAGUAAUAUUUAUAUUUUAGGAGGAGGAAAGUAAAUAUUUGCUUCCCCGAACAGAUAUUUUACCGAAAACGGUCGUUGCGUGCCCCCGGUAAAUGCACCAGCAAUAUAGCAGAGUGUGCAGGCAACUCCUCUAUUUAUCUGUCAAGCGUCCUCGGAAGAUAAGUAAUUGUAAUCGUUAUCGUUAUAAUUAUCGUUAUUUUUUUAUUGCUAUUGUUAUUGUUUUAUUGUUAUUAUCAUCAUCAUCGUUAUUAUUCAGUCCGUAUCCAGGGGCGGAUCCAGGAUUUUUUUUAGGAGGGGGUGCCCUCGUCUCUUGCUCUACUUCAACACCAAUAAACCACAUAGUUUUUUUUUGCAGAAUAGCAGUUGUAUUAGAAAACCGCAGGUCAUCUCAGGGGGGGUGCGCACCCCUGCUGCCCCCCCUAGAUCCGCCCCUGGUACCUAUUCUCUUAGGUCCGGUGUUAUGCGACCUCCUUGCAUCAAAGGAAGCCCAGACGAGAACACUGCUUUCUUGUCAUUUCUAUCCUACGUAGCUGGUGGUUUUGUCCGAGCACACUAAAAGAUUCACCGGUUCGUCGCUCGUUUUGACGAGUCCUUAACCUUACUGCAACAAAAUGUCAGUUAUGCAGGCUGUCGUUCUUCUCAAUAUGUUCUGCAGACCCCAUUACUACAGCCACUUUAUGCAGGAUUUCGUUUUAUGGGUAUUAAAAGCGUUAAAUGUGUAUUGAAAUAGGUUUGAAAACCGUCUUUUAAAGGAAGACAGCCGUUAAGCGACUUUAAGUAUCGAUAGUACUAAAUCGCUUUUGGCACUAUUUGUUUGGACCUAUAGUGUUAUUUAAUGAUAAAAGUUUGUGAUUAAUGUUAAAUAGGUUAUUAACCCCGACACUGGUGAAAUACUUGGUCCAAACCGGGACGGGGAAAUCUGCAUAAAAGGACCAACUGUUAUGAAAGGUAAGUUAAGCACGAUAUACCUACUCAUCAUCAUCAUCAUCAUCCUCAUCAUCAUCAUAUAAUGCCCGAGAUACCCGGCUCUCAUACGGUAGUUCCUUUGAAAAGGGCCUUGGUUAUCCCCAAGUUUUCUCUCUGAUUCCAAUGCAGUCCUGCUAAUAUUAUUCCCAUUGUCUUAGGCAACUCGUAAAUAGUGCCUUUGUUUUUAUUUAUUUUCCGAGUAGGCCUUCAAUUCUUAUCAUACAUGUUUUUGUGAGGGUUUCCUCUGUUGACUCUCUAAGAUCAAUGCUUUUGUUGCGCUCUGUAGGAUACUUGGGCAACCCAGAAGCCACAGCGCAAACAAUUGAUAACGACGGCUGGUUACACACAGGAGAUAUCGGACAUUAUGAUGAAGAUGAAUAUUUCUUUAUUGUGGAUCGACUCAAAGAACUCAUCAAGUACAAGGGAUUCCAGGUAUUACAUUACUUAUAAAUUAUCUUUUUUACCCCGUCACCGCGUGGCCUGAAUGGCUUGUGCCACCCUUCAUUUUCUAAAAUAAACGCCCCAAAUUUGAAACCUCUUUGGAAUGCAAACCUAUUCCCCCAGCCAUCAUCAUUUUAAUUGUAUUCUUACAGUUGCUAUGGAACCUCUACCCAAUGCCCAUUAUCGAAAGGCCUUUUCAUGUUUCUGUACAGGAACUGAGAAAAUUACAAGCACUCUUCGUUCAAAGGAUAUGUUGUGGUUCAAUUUAUCCUUGGUUUAAAUUUUAUUUUAUUAUAUUUCUCUUUGUUUUAAACUCAUUAUCAUACAUUACCAUACCCUAAAACAAAAAGAAAUAGAAUUUAAACCAAGGUUAAAAUUGAAACACAACAGAUAUAUUCGAAAUAAAUAUGUUUUUUCUUGAGUCUUUUUGUUUUCCUUCUAUCUUCUAGGUCCCACCCGCAGAACUCGAAGCGUUAUUGAUUUCUCACCCGAAAAUAGACGAUGUUGCAGUAAUCGGAGUUCCCGAUCUUGAAGCUGGAGAGCUGCCGAAAGCGUUCGUAGUCCGCCGUGGAAACGUGACUUCAGAAGAAAUUAUGGAGUUUGUAGCCAAGAAAGCCUUACCGCAUAAAAAGCUCAGGGGAGGGGUGGAGUUUGUUGACCAGAUACCAAAAUCUGCGAGUGGGAAGAUACUACGACGGUUGCUUAGAAAUCAUGAAAAACAAAAACACACCAAGGCGAGCUUGUGAAAAGGACACAUGGACUUUAAUAUGUUAGAGCAAUUUUCAAUUGAGUGUUGAAAGUAAUCCAAGAUUGAAUUGGUUUUGCUUUACUGUGCUGUUUGAUUGGUUUAGAAAACUCGCGCCACCCUCUCAGCCAAUCAGAUGUAAACUAAAACCAAUCGCUCCUUGGUCACUCGCGUUUUCCCGCGCUACAGGCCGGUUACACGCGUUUACUUCGAGUUGCCAUUGGCUCCCUCUGAUAAUUUCCUUUACUCUGAUUGGCUGUUGUGAUUACUUUGGUUUUGGUUUUCGAC